AGAAAACGUUCGGACGCACAAGACUGCGCAGAAGCUGCGACGAGUCGUCCCCUUUUGCUUACACGCUCAAAGCGUAGAGUAACACCACCGCACUUUUCCAUUAUAGAAACCGGCCACUUACAUAUGAUCGUGCGCCGCCCACCACCCCUCGCAAUCCUUCCCCUCCCGACGACCCUCUGGCACCUCGAAGUUACACCUCUCAAACUCUACCUUCCGCUAGCUUUUCCCGAUUCUUACAGCAAUUGGGCCGGAACGACUCGAACAUAACCUAAAAAGAAGCUUGAUCCUUCCUCCUCCUCUCCCCCCUCCCCCUCCCCCUCACCCCGCCGUAUGCCGUUCGGGCCGUCCUACUCGACUCCUCUCAACACCACGCUUCUCAAAAAUACACCACAGGCGCAGCGACGACCUGGCAAACCCCCUUCAAGCCAUGAGCGCAACCAUGACAAUGACCGCCGCCGCCGUGCCCCCACCGCCGCCGCCGCCGCCGACCCUCUCGCUCUCGACGGACCGCUCCGAGCAGCACUCCUGCCCUAGCUGCGGCGUCGUCCUUGAACCCCCGCCCGCUCUCCUCGAGGCACAGUCCCGCAUCGCCGAUCUCGAGGCCCAGGUCCGUCUACUGAACCAAAAGGCCGCCGCCGCCGUCGACCGCUGGGCCGACUACGAGGAUGAGCUCACGCGCCUGCGCAUCGCCGCCUCCCAGACCUCCACAUCCCCCGCCGCCGCCGCCGCCCCCGCGCUGGCCCCGACCCCAUCGCCCACCCGCACGAGCUUCCUCUCCGGCGGCGCCAACAGACUAUCUCAGCUCCUCAGCCCGCGCGGCAUGAAGUCCACACCAAACUUGCGCGCCCCGUCGCCGCCACCCCCCGGCACCCCGGCCUCGACCGAGGACCUGCGCGAGGCGCUCAGCAGGGAGCAGAAUCUCCGGCUGGCGGCCGAGAGCCGCCUCAGCACGACGAGCCAGGAGGUUGAGGAGUUGAGCGUGAGCCUGUUCGAACAGGCCAACGAGAUGGUCGCAACGGAGCGUCGCGCGCGCGCGAGGCUUGAGGAGCGGGUCGAGACCUUAGAGAAGCGCGACCAGGACAAGCGCCGACGCCUCGAGAGGCUCGAGGGCGCCGUGGGGCGCAUCGAGAGGGUGAGGUCGCUUUUGGGGGAGAUGAACGCGAAAGACGCCGGGGUGAGGGAGGCAGCGGAGCAGAAGAGGGCGUCGCAGCCGUGAU